AUGACAACUACAAGCCACACGCAGAGUACAGCUCCUUACUACUAUCCCAUCGUCGGGCGCAAGUCUACAGGGGGUGUUUAUGAUCGCAUCCCUAUCGAGGACAUGCAAAAGCAUCAUCCUAAGCAGUUCACACUUUUUGUUCUCAGCUACGCUGCCGUCCAGGGCGUGCCGAAUCCGUCCGUCGGUACUGUCUUCCCGGGCGUUGAAUUGCCCGCCACUUCGUACAUGGAGAUUGCUGGAAUCCACGGGAAACCUUACCAAGAGUACGCUGGCGAUCGGAAGACCCCAGACGAGAAGGCGUCGGACUAUAACGCAAAUGAUCGCAAGGAUACCCUACCCAUCCCUUCACGGUUUGGUGGUUACUGCAAUCAUGGAUCAGUCUCCUUUACCACUUGGCAUCGCCCGUACAUGUUGCUCAUUGAGCAAGCCGUUGGCGAUGUCGCUGACCGCAUUGCGGCGGAGAUCGAGAGAACCAACAUCGGAGAGCGCGGAAAAUGGAUCCGAGAGGCGAAGAAACUUCGUUUUCCGUAUUGGGACUGGGCUGAUCCAAGGGUCGCUCAGGAAGGGCUUCCGCCUGUGCUCUACGAAGAUCAACUGGAGGUCACGGUUGCCGGAGGCAAAAAGACGACUGUCCAGAACCCCUUUUCGUACUACACCUAUCAAGGAGGCAUCCCUUCUGACUUCACUGACCUCGAGAAUUCGACGACACGUCAAACAGCAUAUUAUUCGAAAUGGACGCGAACCUACCGGCACCCUCCAAACACCCCAGAGGGUGGGAGCGAUAUCAAUGCCCUGCAGCAAGCCCUCAAGGCUCAGGCUGUGAACAUUCGUACAAAAGUCGGGUUACUAUUCACAUUCUCGGACGGGGAAGAUCCUGCCCUGGCUUAUGACGAAUUUUCGAAUUCGGUCAAUGAAUCGCGCAGGGAAACGGACUAUCGCAACGUCGGCUCCCUCGAGGCUGUGCACGGAAUUAUUCAUGGCACUAUUGGCGGGAAUGGGCACAUGUCUGACCCAGACUAUGCUGCCUUUGAUCCCAUCUUCUUUUUCCACCACAGCAAUGUAGAUAGGAUCCUCGCAUUAUGGGAGUGGUGCUACAGGGACUAUUGGAUGGGAGAUGGAUAUGUAAAAGAUGAUGUAGCAUAUCCUUGGACCCAGCAACGUGGGACUUACGCACAGGUGUACAACGAGCAAAUCCUCCCAGCUGGUGCUCGCGGAGCCCUAUACCCAUUCAGAAACGAGAAAGGCGAGUACUGGACCUCGGAGCAAACCCGAUUCCUAGACGCCGAUUCCUACCCGAAAUACUAUUCGUACCAAGAGUUUCUAGGCGUUAAGGUUGACCAGAAGGCCACUGACGAUGAACGCCACGCAGCUCGCGCAAGGAUUGCUAAGUUUUAUGGCUUCGAUCCUCAAACCUCUGUGAAAGGCAGAAACAAGGGCGAUUGGAGCCAUGUGACGGUUCCCAAAGCCAAAGACCGAGGACUUUCCGAGAUCCUGAAGGAGAUUCCUAACUUCCGCGUUUUCAUCGUCCUCGUUCGUCUUCCAGAGCACGCGUUCAACAGGUCGUACAGCUUCGAAUUGUAUCACGACCGUGGCUCUGCACCUCAGCUAGUAGGUAUAGCCACAGUUUUCGCCCGCCCAGACCAUUCGCCUUGCAAGGCUUGUGCCCAGCGUCGGGAAUCGGGAUCAAUUGUCCGGGGUAUCAUACCAUUGCCUUUCUCCCUAGUGAACGACAUCAUCGUGAACAGUGGUAUCGACAGAACAAAGGCGACGGUGGAUACCACCGCGGCUGAUAUCACGAAGAACCUCUCUGGCAAGCUGUUGGAUAUGACAGGCAAGGUACUCGCCAGCGCUCAGGGCGGGUCGGAAGCCGCAGCCGUGCCAAAGGAAAAGAAGGCAUCCUCUGAUGUCGUCCCCGUGGAGGUGACUCUGUAUACUUCGGCCGUCGCUGAGAAAGUGGACGAUGAAGGACAUCCCGUCUACUUGUUCGACUGGCGGCCCCACAACGCGUUAUUCCCGAACGGAUGGAAAGCUGAAACUAAGGAAGCUCUCUAA